AUGUCUACAUACGUCGUCAGUGACCAGCCUCUAAAUAAUAGCCUCGUUGGGUCGAUAUCCUCUCUUCUUAGUGCUGCUGGUGUCCCUAAUUUACUCUGGGGAAACUAUCUACUGACCGUCUACGGAGUCCCCACCAUUGUUGACGGCGUUUCCUUUGUUGUACCUGAUGCACUUCUCGAAACCGGCCGCUCGACUCUCUCCUAUGCAGGCUUUCUCCCAUGCACACAAGGUCCAAAAUGCCCAUACCCGAACUCGGCCCCAUGCUUGGAGACGGCUACACAUCUGCAUAUCAAUGAUGAGCUUGUGAUAUCACUGCAUAGGAAGUCCGACGUACUUUGGGAUUUUCCUGACCUUGAGAUCGGCGCAAAUAGUACAGAUAUCAUGUCGGCAGCGGACACUCGACUGCCCCCGGAAAGGCUCGGGCGGGGCCAAGGACGCUUCCCUCCGUCCCUUUCUGGCGUACGAAUUCCGAGCGCUGUCCGGUAUUGCGAAGCUAUGAUCCGUCUGCUUUGUCUAGACUCUGAAAGCCCCCGUGAGCCCUACUGGAUGGCGAUCUUAACCUAUCUGCUGGAAUACGUCGAUGAAACGGAUAUCUUCCAAAAGAAUUGGUUGAGGGAGGGCUAUAGACAAUUCUACGAGGCUAUGAAACAAGGGGAUCCGGAAAUGUAUCUACACCUGAGGACGCUUCGCGAUGUUUUCAUCAAAAGCAGUCCACAACCCUCUUCGCUCGUGUCCAGGCUCGACGAUCGCCUCACCAUCAAACACGGGAGAAAUAGUAUCCUCACUGAUUUGAUAGCACUUGUUUUCCUGCCCUCCAGUCAUAUACUGUCAAUCGCCUCCUUUCCGAAGUGGCAAGAGAAGGUACAGCUCAUGUUAAGGCCGGCGUAUGGGCUCCUUGACCAAUCGAUCCAACCAAUCCAACCAUUUCGCGUGUCCCCACGAAAACAUACAACAAACUCAGCUAUAGUUAUUGCCGCCAUGAAUCUUCCAUGCCUCAAGCGAUUCGAUGGGUUCUACCUUGUGUUGAGUAACAGUAACUUCGUCAGCCUAGCGGCCCGUAUCCGCGAGUCUGGACCAAAUAUAUACAAAUUCAGUUAG